AUGAAGAUUGACAAAGAGGACGAUCAACAGCAGCAACAAAUGCGCCGUGUCGCAUUUUUUGCCGUCGCCGUUUCAACCGCCGCAGUUAUCUCAAGUAUUGUCACCCUUCCAAUGAUUUACUCGUAUGUUCAAUCAUUCCAAUCUCAUCUUAUCAUGGAAACCGAAUUCUGCAAAUCUCGUGCUAGAGACAUGUGGGUUGAAAUGCAAGUUUUGCAUAAAUCUGGAGUCACUCGUAGCCGCAGAGAUGCUGCUUAUGCUCAAGGUGGAGGUGGAGGUUUGUCGAAAAAAAAAUUAGUUCAAAAAUUUCAAAAACAAUAUUCAGGUGGAAGCGGUGGAUAUGGAGGACCAACUGGAGCUGGAGCUGAUAUUGGCCCAACAUGUUGCCCAUGUCAACAAGGGCCUGCUGGACCACCAGGGCCACCUGGAGAUGAUGGACCACAUGGAAAUGACGGACACCACGGAUCACCAGGAGUUCCAGGAAAGGAAGGAAACGUCUUGACUUCAGCUCUUCCACCAUCUGAGCCAUGUAUUAUCUGCCCACCAGGGCCACAAGGAUCAGUUGGACAACAAGGACCAAAGGGACCAACUGGGCCAAAAGGAAAGUCACAAGAACGUGCUGGAGAUGGUAAACCAGGAGAGCCAGGAAUGAUUGGACCACCAGGACCACCAGGAGGAGUUGGAGAGCCAGGACCACCAGGACCAGCUGGACAACCAGGAAGAUUGAUCCAAGUUAACGGACCAGCUGGGCCAUCAGGACCACGUGGACCAAAGGGGCCACCAGGGCCAAAGGGAUUGCCAGGAAUUGCUGGACUCACUGAAGCCGGAGAUCAAGGAGGACCAGGAGAUCAAGGAGGCCCAGGACCAAUCGGAGCUCAAGGACCAGCUGGGCCACAAGGGCCACAAGGACCACCAGGAGAUGAAGGAUCUUGCGACCAUUGUCCAGAACCACGUACUCCACCAGGUUAUUAG